UAUCUUUAUGAUUGUGUGUCAGUAGGUAUCUUUUUUGUUGGCACUUUCCUCUAUUCAGUGUUUCUCCUUGCUACUAUAUUUGUUGAUUUGUGGGGUUUUAAGUUCAUUGUCUCUAGUGACAAACACGUCCGGUGAAGUUCUAUAUUUUCAUUUGCCUGCUUGAAGACAUUUUAUUCAAGCAUCUAAAAAAUUUGGAGUACUUGCAAAUAGUCUCUUCAAAGUUUAAGUUAAAGAGGGUGCUGAAAUUUUAUGUUUACUAUUGGAAUGAAUGGGCGUGAUAAUAGAAGAUUUAUAUAACCGACUGCAACUAGAUUGAAAUCGAGGUGUAGUUGGUUGAUUUGUUGUGCUAUAUUUAUGUGCUUCUACUAGAUUGGUUAUGGUGGUGGAGAAGAAUAUCUGCAUUGCGAUUUCCUAUUUGAGUUAGAUUCACAUAACUCAGUGGUCUUUCCCCAAGUUGAGCUCAUAUACCCAAGGAAAUUAACAUUUAGUAAUGCUAAAGAAGCUACAUUAGCCUCGAAAUUUCGCCUACUUAAAAAAAGAAUCCUCUGAAUUCCAUGUAAUAUUUACUAAACCCUUCUUGAUGUAAGCCUCCUAAAUUUAUGAAGACAGUAGUGUUCCUCUCUCAAAUUGAAUGCCUCCAUUGCAACUUAGACAAGUAUCAAUCUAAAGAUUCAUCUAAUUUGACAAUUUCUACGCUGGCCGUCAACCUACUGCAGGCCUCCUCUAUUCUUAUUUGAGAUUGAUCCUGCUAUUAUUAAAAUGGAUAGAGUCAUAACAUCAAGAUGAGGUUUAGAGGUAAAGGUCAAUUCCACAAAGGGGUUCUCUCACAAGAGAAAUCUUCAUUAAAACAUCAUAAACUAACUUUAAACUAAAAGACUUCCUAUUUAUAUGCGAAGUUAAUGGAGUAGUCCGAAAUACAAAGUAAAGAUCCUAAAUAACUAGGUAGAUUAUAUGGCCCAGGUGGGUGGACGUGUGGCCCACAGGUUAUUCAUUUGUGAGAAUAAUAUUUCUGGAAGUCUAAAUGCUAUACUCAAUGUCUUGGUCAAACGUGGUCGAUCCCCGGUCAACCCUCAGCCAAACUUGGUCAACUCUUCAUAGAGCACUCCGGCCUUCUAAAAUGGUGCAAAGUCCAUGAUCAUGUUGUUGUCAUUGUCGAAGAGGUUAUGGAAGUACAGAUUAAUAGAACCUUGUCAAGCAUCCCUACACAUUGUUUGUCUUUUAUGUCCGCACUGGUUAGUGUGACCAAAAAAAUUAAAGAUGUUGAGAAUAAAUUUCUCGUAUGAAACAAUUGAUGAGAGAGAAAGAAGUUUCAGUUGGAUAAUUAUGAGGUGGUCACAUCUCCGAAAAGGUAUGGAGGGCUUGGAGUGAAAGAUUUGUUGGUAUUCAAUAGUGCAUUAUUAGGUAACUUAAUGUGGAGAUUUUGUAAUGAAACAAGCUUUAUGGAGGACUGUGAUCCAAAGAAGUAUAGAAUUUAGGAGCUGGAUGGAGGUUUGGGAUCACUACAUUACUCUAUGAAUGAGGAAUAUCGUGAAGAGAUAAAGAUGAUUUCAGCAGUGACGUCCCUUCAAACUAGGAAAGAAAAUAGGGUUUAGUUGUGGAAGCACGGGUGGUAUGGUGAUGCACAUUGAUGGCUGAUUUCCAUCUAUUUAUAGCACGUAUAUCUACAGUGUAGAAGAUAAAGGAAUCAUUUGAGAUUUAAGAUUCAGGUGAAAUUAACAAGACUUAAGAAUAGUUGAUUUUCAAAAGUAACUCUAAAAACAGAACAUUACAUAGCAAAACAUGACAUCUGGAAGAAGAAUGGCAAAAAAAUAGAUUCUCUCUAUAAAGUCCUAUUACAUAGGCUGCUGAAACCACUGGACACGGAGUUUCUUUACCUGUCAGUGUGAACUCUCAGAGCACUGAGGAAGGUAAAUGACAACUAGAGGGGUGAUACUAAAAGCUGAAAAUGACAAGGAGUGUUUCUCACAUCAAUGUGAAAUUACUUUAUCAAAAUAUAUUAAGCUAAUCAUAUUUAAGCUAAAAAUGCUAUAACAAUGAAGCAAAUGCAUAUUUCAUUUUAAGCAUUUGACCUGUAUUCAUAAUAGUACUUGCAUGCUUUAUUAAGCAUAAGAAAAUGUGGUUUUACAGCAUGAGUAACGCUUAACGACUUAUCAUGCAAAACUUAUUCCUAACAAGAUUUGAUGAACCACCAGGUGAACCUUUGUGUCCAACAAGAGGUGAUUGGUACAUGGUUACGACCGAACAAAAAUGUACACAAUUAGAAGAGGUGAAACAGUGCGAUCAUUCAGCUUGUAAUAUUUUAUGACCCACAAGCUCAAACCUAUAUGCAUAUACAGUUACAGUUGUGAACCGGUCAAGUCUUUUUUUUUUUUUUGGACCUGGCAAGUAGCUUCCACUGCCAAUAUUGUGCAUCCUUUCUGAUUAAUCCACUUGCUUGUGAUUAUUUGAUUGAGGAACUACACUGGGUUGUUGGGAGGACUAUGUUGGGGGAACAAUGAAAACUUGAUAGGGCCAUCAGGAUCUAUGUUGCGCGGACUCAUUAUUUUAGCUGCUCCACCCGUGUCGACACGACACUGGUACUAGUAAGGGUAUAGAAUUCGUACCGGGUGUGGUCAAUCGAGAUAGGGUACUUUGACCACAAUCCAUGGACAAAUUUGAGGAAACAAAGAUUGAAUUUUAGCUGUUGCUGGCUAGUGCCUACAAUGUGAGAAAUUCUCAAAAUGAAAGAUUGAAUUAUUGGUUGCACUCCACAACUUACUAGUAGGUUUUAUAGAUCUUUUUUUAGAAUUUUAAAUUACUUUUAGCCGAAUCUCCACACCCGUAUCCAUACCUGAAUCCGUACUCCCCGAAUCUUAAAAUUUAGAUUAUGAAGGAUCCAGCAUCUAGAUUCGCACCCGGAGCGGAUACCCGCACCCGAGUUUGAGCAACAUAGACCAGGAUAUGAUGAUGGUUGAGGACCUUGUUAUUCAUCCAUUGGUCGAACGAGACACUCAAAGCUUGCAGCAAUUACUUCCUGAAAUUCCUAUUUGGGUUAAAUGUCCGGAUUAUGACCGUGUGGACUGGCUCAACAAAUUUCUUGAGCUCAUGUGGCCUUAUCUGGACAAGGCUAUUUGCAGGACUGCGAAGAAUAUUGCUGCACCUAUUAUUGUGGAGCAAAUUCCAAAGUAUAAAAUUGACUCUGUUGAAUUUGAAACACUGACUUUGGGGUCCUUACCACCUACUUUCCAAGGUAUGAAGGUCUAUGUUACUGAUGAAAAAGAGUUGAUGAUGGAACCAUACUUAAAAUGGGCCAGCAAUCCUAAUGUCUCUGUUGCGGUCAAAGCAUUUGGAUUGAAAGCAACUGUUCAGGUUAUCGACUUGCAGAUCUUUGCAGCUCCACGUAUUACUCUGAAGCCUCUAGUUCCGAGCUUUCCUUGUUUUGCCAAAAUCUUUGUGUCACUUAUGGAGAAGCCACAUGUUGACUUCGGGUUGAAGCUAUUGGGGGCUGAUCUAAUGGCCAUUCCUGGGUUGUACAGGUUUGUCCAG